CUCGGGGGGCGGGGUCUGGCACGUCGUGACGCACUGCGGCCGCGUCGCGCCGCAGGUUUGAUGAACGCGGUUCCCGGGGAGACCGGUACGGUUGCGGAGUGCUAUGGAGCCGAGGGUCGUCAAGCCACCGGGGCAGGAUUUAGUAGUGGAGAGUCUCAAAAGCCGUUACGGACUCGGGGGCAGCUGCCCCGACGAGGUGAAGCCGCCGCCCGAGUAUGAUUUUUCAAAUUUUUAUCAGUCUAAAUAUAAGAGAAGAACUCUAACCUCCCCAGGUGAUUUGGAGAUCUACUCUGGAGAUAAAAUUGGUUCAUCGUUAAAAUACUCUGAUGAAAGCAAGCAUUGUAGAACACCAUUGGGCAGCUUAUUCAAGCACGUAAAUGUGAAUUGCCUAGAUGAUGAACUGGAUUCUUUCCAUGAUUUGAAGAAACAGGAAACAGAAGAGUUAAUUGAAAAUGAUUAUAGAAUUAGUACCUCCAAAAUAACCAAGCAGUCUUUUAAAGAAAUAGAAAAAGUUGCCUUGCCAACUAAUAAGACCUCAUCGAGACCUCGGACUGAGUUUUGUAGUGAUGCAGGUGACUCUCCUUUGAAACCUGUCAGCUAUCCAAAAUCUAAAGCAUCAGACAAGCGGAGUUUACUUCCACAUCAGAUCAGUCAGAUAUAUGAUGAAUUAUUUCAGAUACAUCUGAAACUGCAGUGUGAAACUGCAGCACAACAGAAAUUUGCUGAAGAACUUCAAAAGCGAGAACGUUUUUUACUUGAAAGAGAACAACUGCUUUUCAGACAUGAAAAUGCCUUGAGUAAAAUUAAAGGUGUUGAAGAAGAGGUUCUUACAAGAUUUCAAAUUAUAAAAGAGCAACAUGAUGCAGAAGUUGAACACUUAACCGAAGUUCUUAAGGAAAAGAAUAAAGAAACCAAGAGACUGAGGUCCUCUUUUGAUGCAUUAAAAGAAUUGAAUGAUACCUUAAAAAAACAGUUAAAUGAAGCAAGUGAAGAAAACAGGAAGAUAGACAUUCAGGCUAAAAGAGUUCAAGCUCGUUUAGAUAAUUUACAGAGGAAGUACGAGUUUAUGACAAUACAGAGAUUGAAAGGAAGUUCCCAUGCUGUUCAUGAAAUGAAAAGUUUAAAACAAGAAAAAGCACCAGUUUCAAAAACUUACAAGGUACCACUUAAUGGGCAAGUUUAUGAACUUUUAACUGUCUUCAUGGAUUGGAUUUCGGAUCAUCAUCUUAGCAAAGUGAAACAUGAAGAAUCUGGAAUGGAUGGUAAAAAACCACAACUCAAAUUUGCUUCCCAGAGAAAUGAUAUUCAGGAGAAGUGUGUAAAGCUUUUGCCUCUGAUGACAGAGCAGCUACAGUGGAUGCCAUUUGUGAAUAUCAAACUUCACGAGCCUUUUGUAAAAUUUAUAUAUUGGUCCCUAAGGCAGCUAGAUGCUGGAGCACAGCACUCGACUAUGACAUCAACAUUGAGGAGAUUGGGUGAAGACAUUUUUAAAGGAGUGGUAACUAAAGGAAUUCAGGAUAGUUCUCCACAGCAUUCUGUGGAGAAUAAACCAAAGACAGCUGCUUUCUUUAAGAGCUCCAAUUUGCCAUUGAGAUUUUUAUCAACCUUAAUUGUUCUCAAAACAGUCACUCAAGCUGAUUACCUGGCUCAGGCAUUUGAUUCUCUUUGUUUGGACUUGAAGACAGAAGAAGGAAAAACCUUGUUUUUGGAGUAUAAGGCUGUUCCAGUAAUAUUAAGUCAUCUAAGAAUAUCCAGUAAAGGACUCCUGUCUAAUGUUAUUGAUAGUUUGCUCCAGAUGACGGUGGAAUCUAAAUCCUUGCAGCCUUUCCUGGAAGCUUGUAGCAACUCUUCAUUUUUUCGUACUUGCUCUGUGCUGCUUCGAGCCCCUAGGCUUGAUCUUCAAAUACUAGAAAAACUCAGUAUUAUUUUACAGAAACUUUCCAAAAUCAAGAGUAAUAAGAAGCUCUUUGAACUUUUUACGAUUCAUCUGAUGCUUCAAGAAAUACAAAGGACAACAAACCCAGAGCAUGCAUUUCUCUGUCAUCCUCCAUGUCCUUCCAAUGUCCACAUGGCUCUUCAUUUUCUUCUCAGGCCUCCUCUUUCUCUCUUGCCAUCUAAGUUAUUGAAAUUCUUGAAAUCCUAAGCUGGCCUUGCACUGAGAGGUACUCUGUAAGGGAGCUGAAACUUCCAGCCUUUCUUCCUGUUCACAAACCCACCUUCAUCCGCCCCCAAUGCUGGACUUUGGUUUUUCAUGUUGCUUUUGCAGAACUUUAAAACAUUUGAAUCUUUCCCUGAUGAGUUUUUGUCCUGAGGGGCCGGUGCAGUUUGCUUGGCACUUUCUUUUCCUCUCAUAUAAUUUUUCCCUGCCAAUAAGGCAUUUAGGCAGAGAGAAAAAGUUAUUGAGCAUGUGCAUCCAAAUUUGAGAUGAUUGUUAUUUCAUUACCUGAUGACUUUUAACUUCUUUGAUACUGUGUUUGUCUUACGAAUGUAAUGGCUUUCUCACUUUAAUGAAAAGUUACGCAAUAAAAUUGAAAAGUAAGUACUG